AUGAUUCUAGGUAUGAAUACAAAGAGCAGGAGAAGUUCCUCAGUUCAGGUUGAUUAUUUAGUGCACGUUGAGAAUAUUAAGCCUUGGCCUCCAUCUCAAUCUCUGAGAUCCCUUCGUUCAGUCCUCAUUCAGUGGGAAAAUGGUGAUCGCAAUUCUGGGUGUACCAACACUGUUGUUCCUUCACUUGGGACUGUUGUUGGUGAGGGGAAAAUCGAGUUCAAUGAGUCUUUUAGAUUGCCGGUGACUUUGUUAAGAGAAAUGCCUGUUAAAGGCAAAGAUACUGAUACCUUCCAGAAGAAUUGCUUAGAAUUCAACUUGUAUGAACCUCGAAGGGAUAAGGCUCAAUUGCUGGCAACCGCUGUUGUAGACUUGGCAGAUUAUGGGGUCAUCAAGGAAACCGUAAGCCUAACUGCUCCAGUAAACAGCAAGCGGAGUUUUAGGAGCACACCUCAGCCUAUUUUGUACUUUAAAAUCCAGCCAAUUAACAAGGGUCGCACCACCUCCUCAUUGAGAGACACCUUAUCAAAAGAGGUAUCAAUGGAGAAGAAUAGUGGUGAAUCAGUUUCAGGUUUAAUGAAUGAAGAAUAUGCUGAAGAAGCUGAAGUUGCCUCUUUCACUGAUGAUGAUGUAUCGUCUCACUCGUCUCUGGCAAAUGGGGGUUUGCCUCCUCAAAAUGAAGAGAAUGGAUCAGGCAGAAUGAAUGACAGCAAGCAUGGGGUUAACAGGGAGCCUACUGCAGCUUCACAAAUUGAGAUGGAAAAAUAUACUGCACCACAAGAAAAGCUGAAAAGAAGUUCCUCUUAUUUGUCAUCCAUAGAUUUAUCCUCUGAUGCUGCUAGCCCAGUCAAUGGUCAUACUUCUGUAAUGAACUCUGCUAUCUCUAGUUCAUCGUCAAUUCUGAAAGAUGAUGUUUCUCAAAGUGUUUCUUCUUCUUCCCCAUCCUUCACUUACGAAAGUAAAGAGGAAGAGGCUAAUACCAGCAAGAGGAGCAAUGGCCAUCAGGAGUUGCUGCAUGAAAUUCAUGGAAAGGUGGCUAAUAGCAUAACCACAAUUAGGAGGGAUGAAAUUUGCCAGAACAAUAAUGGGAAUACAUCUUCAGAUAUAAAUCCCCAGGUGGGUGCAAAGCAUGGCUCUGCAAUACCUGGUGAUUUUCAAGUAAAUGAAGAAGGCAGUCAGAAUGGUGAAGACCAAAAGCAUCUCUCAGAAGAUGAAACAAUUGAUAAUUUUCCAUAUGAUGCUAGAGAUGAUGACUCGCUGGCAAGAGAUACAUUUAAUUCACCUUGGGGCGUUGAUACGAAGGUAAAUAUCCUUAAAAUUGAUAGAUUAAAGCAUGUGAAAUCUGUUAGGUCAUCAUCAGACUCAGUGAGAAGCAAUGGAUUAAGUAGCAGAAAUCAGCACAAUGAAGUUGGUCCGAUGGGAGAUGCACAUCACAGUGCUGGGAGCCUUAGAUUUAUUGAAAUAAAAAAUGCAAAGGUUUACCCAAAAGAUACCAGAACAACCAUUUUAGAUGGAAAAAUCCAGCAAUUGGAACACAAAAUAAAGAUGCUUGAGGGAGAGUUGAAAGAAGCUGCUGCUAUUGAGGCUGCUCUUUACUCUGUUGUUGCUGAGCAUGGAAGUUCCAUGAGUAAGGUUCAUGCUCCAGCUCGCCGCCUUUCUAGACUCUAUCUUCAUGCUUGUGGAGAAAGUUCCCAGUCAAGAAGAGCUAGUGCAGCUAGAAGUGCCAUUUCAGGACUAGUUCUGGUUGCAAAAGCAUGCGGAAAUGACGUCCCUAGGUUGACAUUUUGGUUGUCAAACUCUGUUGUUUUGAGAACAAUUAUAAGCCAAACUAUUGGUGACCCAGAGAGAAAACUUACUUCUGGACCACAUAAAGAAAGGAAUUGGGAUGGAAAGGGAAACAAGAUCGUAUCUUCACUAAAUUGGAAAGAGUCAUCUCCCAGCCGAAAGGGAAAUAGGAAUGUUCUUUAUGGAGAUUUUGGUGACUGGGAGGACCCACAUGCAUUUACAUCUGCACUGGAAAGAGUUGAAGCUUGGAUCUUCUCCCGUACCAUUGAGUCAAUCUGGUGGCAGACUCUUACCCCACACAUGCAAUCUGCCACUACAAAGGAAAUUGUUGGACUUGAUAGUUCUGGCUCAAAGAAAAACCUUGGAAGGACAUCAAGGUCGGUUCAUGAAGACCAAGGGAACUUUUCAUUAGAGCAUUGGAAGAAGGCAUUCAAGGAUGCCUGUGAAAGACUUUGUCCUGUUCGAGCUGGAGGUCAUGAAUGUGGCUGUUUACCCGUGCUGGCAAGACUGAUAAUGGAGCAAUGUGUUGCUAGAUUAGAUGUGGCAAUGUUCAAUGCCAUUCUUCGUGAAUCUGAUGAUGAGAUCCCAACUGAUCCAGUAUCUGAUCCCAUCAGUGAUUCAAAAGUUCUCCCAAUUCCAGCAGGGACAUCAAGCUUUGGGGCUGGUGCACAACUGAAAAAUGCGAUUGGGAACUGGUCAAGAUGGCUGACUGAUCUAUUUGGUAUGGACGAUGAUGAUGCACUUGAAGAUGACAAUGAAAAUGAUGAGAAUGGUGAGAGACAAGACAUGACAUUCAAGUCUUUCCAUCUCCUUAAUGCUUUAAGUGAUCUCAUGAUGCUCCCAAAGGACAUGCUCUUGAGUAAAUCCAUCAGAAAAGAGGUAUGCCCCACAUUUGCUGCACCAUUGAUCAAGAGGGUUCUUGACAAUUUUGUCUCAGAUGAGUUUUGUCCAGAUCCUAUCCCAGAUGUUGUGUUUGAAGCCAUGGACACUGAGGAUGCUAUUGAGGCUGGUGAGGAGUCUGUCACAAUAGUACCAUGCGUUGCAGCUCCUCCAAUCUAUUUACCACCUUCAGCAGCUUCCAUUGCCAAAAUCGUUGGAGAGUUUGGAAGUAAAACUAAGCUGAGAAAAAGUGGCUCCUCGAUUGUCAGAAAAUCUUACACCAGUGAUGAUGAGCUUGAUGAGUUGCAUUCACCUUUGGCUUCAAUCUUACUUGAUGGGGCGCGAUCUUCACCUGCCCCAACAAAACCCAUCUGGAAAUCAAAGAAGGGCUUUGACAAUACCAUAAGAUAUGAACUUCUCAGAGAGAUAUGGAUGAACAGUGAGUAG